AACAGAAGCAAAAAAAUAGUUCUUGCUCUCAAGGAAGUUACAUACAUUGAAAAUUCUGAAUGGCUGAAAUACUGAAAAUACUUAUUAGUCAUUCGCCCUCCCUAGUAAACAGCUUAUCUUUUUCUGUUUUAGAUUUGAUAACUUAAAACAAUGAAAGUCCGCAGGUCUGGGAUCUUUGAACAAGAGUCAUGUGACACCCCCCGAGGAGUCUUUCAGUCUGUCACAUUUGUACUUUGGAGAUCUUGGAGGGAGUCGUGGGUGGUGAGGCCUCGCUCGGGGUGUCGCAGGGGCAGCAGGGACGCCCCGCCAGGGGGCCAGAACCGAGAGGCUCGAAUGAACGUGAAUCAGGCCGUUGGCAUCCUCUUCUUUCUCUCCUUAGUGAGAUCCCGCACCAUCGGAGAACUUUUGGCCCCGGCAGCUCCUUUCGACAAGAAAUGUGGCCAUGAAAACUGGACGGUGGCCUUCGCUCCGGACGGCUCUUACUUCGCCUGGUCCCAAGGACAUCGCACAGUAAAGCUGGUUCCCUGGUCCCGGUGCCUUAAGAACUUCCUCUUAGAUGGCACCAAGAAUGUCACUAACUCAAGUAAUUCAAGACUUUCCAGACAAAACAGUGAUGGUGUUUCAAAGAACAGGCCUUGUGAGCAUGUCAUAGACUGUGGAGACAUUGUAUGGAGCCUUGCCUUUGGGUCGUCAGUCCCUGAAAAACAGAGCCGCUGUGUGAAUAUAGAAUGGCAUCGGUUCAAAUUUGGUCAGGAUCAGCUCCUUCUGGCCACUGGCUUGAGCAAUGGACGAAUCAAAAUAUGGGAUGUCUACACAGGAAAACUCCUCCUGAACCUAAUGGAUCAUACAGAUGUGGUCCGAGAUUUAACUUUUGCUCCAGAUGGAAGUCUGAUUCUAGUGUCAGCUUCAAGAGACAAAACUCUACGAGUGUGGGACCUGAAAGAUGAUGGAAACAUGAUGAAGGUCUUGAGGGGACACCAGAACUGGGUUUACAGCUGCUCCUUCUCCCCUGACUCUUCCAUGCUGUGUUCGGUUGGAGCCAGUAAAGCAGUUUUCCUUUGGAACAUGGAUAAAUACACCAUGAUACGGAAAUUAGAAGGACAUCACAAUGAUGUUGUAGCUUGUGAGUUCUCUCCUGAUGGAGCAUUACUGGCUACUGCAUCUCAUGAUACUCGAGUGUAUGUCUGGGACCCACAUACUGGAUCAAUUCUGAUGGAAUUUGGGCACCUGUUUCCCCCUCCUACACCCAUAUUUGCUGGAGGAGCAAAUGAUGGAUGGGUGCGCGCUUUGUCUUUUAGUCACGAUGGACUGCAUAUUGCAAGUCUGGCUGAUGAUAAGAUAGUGCGCUUCUGGAGGAUUGACGAGGAUUUCCCCGUCCAAGUGGCCACUUUGAGCAACGGUCUGUGCUGCGCCUUCUCUACUGAUGGCAGCGUUUUAGCUGCAGGGACGAGCGACGGCAGCGUGUACUUCUGGCCCACGCCGAAGCAUGUCCCGAGCCUGCAGCAUCUGUGUCGCAUGUCAGUGCGGAGAGUGAUGUCCACCUGGGAAGUGCAGAAGCUGCCGCUGCCUCCCAAGCUCGUCGACUUUCUGUGCUACCAGAUGUAGAACGUUGUCGGGCCCGACAGAACCCACUUUCCACAAACCUCAGCCUUGACAGACUUCAAGUCUCUGCCGUGACCAUUUAGACUUAUUUAAAUUGGCUACUUUCGUCCUUCAUUUGGAUCAGGCGGAGCUCCGACAUUAUUUAUAGAUUCUCAGACUGUUUCUGAAGAUCUCCAGCCAGAAGGGUUUUAGCUCUAACUGUGAAAACAUGUACAUACUUAGACAUAAGCUGCUAGAUGUCGCGUGUGUGGUUAUUAUUUUUAUUUUGCUUUUUUGAGUUUUAGUGUCAUGUAUAUAUUGCUUUGUAGCGCUCACAGUAUGUAUUUUUGCUGUAAAAUGGACAUUUUAUCCUGGGACGCUGAGUUAGACAGUCAGAUACUGACUGGAGGAGGGCAAAUGCCCCGUACAAACGCAUGCUGGUGGGCAGGGGCGGCGGGCUUCACCCCUGCAGGGAAUCCUUUUUGUGGAGGAAAAGUUUUGUUUUUCUUAGGAAUGGCUGAGAGGUGCCCUUUGAAUGUGAUGUACGGAUAGAGAAUGGAGCCGAGGAUAUCUAAGCAGCGAAGGGGAAUCGCCUUGUCUCCGUGCAAUUGCAGGCCUUAAUUUUGGAGAGCAGCUUGUGACUUAGGCUGUCGUCUGAAGUAUCCUGCUCUCGUUGGUUGGAAAAAUCCAUCUACUGUAUGAUCGCUUCGUGUUUUUUCUGUACUAGUGGGACAUCUUUGUCUUUUUUUUAAGAUUCUGGUUUUUGUUUCUAACGGCCGUAUUAUUUCUUCAGGGGGUGACAUUGGUGAAUCGCCAAAGAGAAGCAGUGCUUGCUUUUGCCUUCUGUUCCUUAUCUGUACCUGCAGAUAUUAAAAAUAUGCAUUACAUAAAAUGCCUGAUUAUAUAUUUUUGUUGAAUAUUUUUAUUAAAGACUUGUAUAAAACACUCCUUUUGUGUGCUUGUUUCCCAGAAUCAUGGAAGGGUAAUUAAGCCCCUUCUCUUUUUCUCCAAGUUCUUUUUACCACUGACCCUCCCAGCUCCCUCAGACACCCUCAUUCAUGAUCUGUUAUCCCUUGAAGUGGACGCACUAGAGAUUCGUGCACCAUGCGUGGGGCAGGCAACCUAUUUACAAUGGGAAUGAACCCUGUUGAGGAAAGCAUGUUGGCACAAACACCACCAUGUUAAUGAAAGUAUAGGAGAGCGUUGAAAGGACGUGGAAUGAUGAUGCUGUGCAAAAGAGGAAGAGCCUGAUCUUUGGGGGAAUUACUGUGGGAACAGCCGGCCUCUGGUUAUUCAUGAGGAAGAGGUAACUGAGUGCACUUUUUGAUUAAACAAGGAGUUCCCUUGGGGAAUUUUCAGCCACUGGAUUUAGUUUAAUUGUGAUAUUGAGAGUUGUGUUCAUGUAACCAAAGGUCUUCAGGCAAUGGCUGUAGUUUGGAGAAAUUUAAUAAAUGCUGCAUUAAAAUUUUGUACCGUG